GAAUGGAUUGGGAGAAAUAAUCCCUGGAUAAAAAUUCUGUUUGAAGCUGAUUCCACUAAAGGAUCUGUCAGUAUGCCUGCUUUAGCAAAAUUCAUUUGGAUCUUUCUGACUAUCCAAUUGACUCUUAUUUUCAUUGCAGAAGCCCAAAACGUUCAUUUCAAUUUCCCUUCCUCUGGUGAUGAUGAUGAUAUUCAAUUACUUGAAGAUGCCCAUCUCUCUGAGUCUGGGCAAGGAAUAGAACUGACAAAGAGUAGGCUUCACGACGAUUUCAAUUGGAGCAUGGGUUGGGCGAUUUACAAAAGACCAGUUGAAAUAUGGUGUAAAUCUUCUGGGGCCCUUGCAAGCUUUCAAUCCUACUUUCAGUUCAAACUAUACCGUGGAACCCAAACGAAAAUUGACUAUUAUGCUGAUGGUCUUACAUUCUUCAUGGCUUCUUCAUCCCAACCACCACAAAACGGAGCAGGUAUGUGGCUUGGACUGUUCAACAGUACAACCAAUGGUAAAUCAUCGACCCAAAAAGUUGCUAUUGAAUUUGAUACAUUCAAGAAUGCAAUAAUAGAUGAAUACUAUGGCUUCAAUGCCAAUGAUCCGGAUGAUAAUCAUGUGGGGAUAGAUAUCAAUAAUAUCUCUUCUGCGAAGACUGUUUCUUUGUCUCAUAGGCUUAACAGCGGAGAAACUUGGGAAGUGUGGAUAGAUUUUGAUGGGCGACUUAGGUGGCUCCAGAUGUUUAUGGCUCAUAACAGAUCAAACUUUAGUUCUCCUCGUCCACAACAUCCAACGCUUAGCUACUCUCUAAAUCUCUCAGAUUUUCUUCCUGAAAAGGUCACAAUUGGCUUCUCUGCUUCAACAGGACUUUCCAAUCAGAUGCACAAUCUUAUCUCAUGGAAUUUCUCAAGCCAAACCAGUUGGAACCAUGAUAAAGGGCGACUUUUCACUAUAAUCAUCUCUCUGGCGAUCAGCUUCGUGGCCAUGGUUGUGGUUAUACUUCUCGUAAGUGCUGCAAUCUGCAAGUUUAAUAAGAAAACGGUAAAAUCAGAUAGAGACUUAAACAUUCCAGAUCCUAACAGUCUGAAGAGUGAUGGAGAUUUAGAAAGAGUUGAGGAGCUGGAAAAUCCCAAUAGAAGCCCUCGGGUGUACAGUUAUGAAGAGCUAAGUAGAGCGACUGCUGGCUUUAGAGAAGAUUUAGUACUCGGAAAGGGAGGAUUCGGAAGGGUUUACAAAGGAAGACUAGAGGAUGGAGAAAUAGUGGCGGUGAAGAGAAUUUAUCAAAACUCUGAGGAAGGGCUUAGACAAUACGAAUCAGAAAUUGCAAUAAUUGACAGCCUGUCACAUCCUAAUUUGGUUCCCCUUCUGGGAUGGUGCCAUAACAGAAACGGCGAAUUUGUUCUGGUUUACGAGUAUAUGUCCAAUGGCAGUCUGGACAAAUAUUUGUUUGCUGGAGAAGCUCAGCUUCGGGCUCUGAGUUGGAAUGAGAGAUUCAGUAUAGUCUGCGACUUAGCUUCGGCUCUUCUCCAUCUCCAUGAGAAAUCAAGCCCCCAAGUUCUGCAUAGAGACAUCAAAUCUAGCAAUAUAAUGUUGGACUGCAACUUUGUGGCACGACUUGGAGACUUUGGUUUGGCUCGCCUGAUGGAGCACGAUAACACGUCUCGCUACACGAAACCUGGUGGCACCAUGGGUUAUAUCGCGCCAGAGUGCUUUCAAAAAUUGAGGGCUAGCUCGGAAUCAGAUGUCUUCAGCUUUGGUGCAGUGGCUCUGGAAAUUGCCAGUGGAAGGCCCGCGUUCGACAGAGGACUUACGUUUUGUAAUAUGAGUUUGGUGAACUGGGUUUGGAGUCUGCAUGAAAUGGGACACAUACUUGAUGCAGCUAGUUCUUGAAGCAUUAAAAUUUGAAGCUGAAGUGCCUAUUCUCCCAUGCAGAAUACCUGGAGAGCCUCAUUGAUCUAUGAAAAAGAGGUUGAAGUUUUUCAGAUCUUUCCUCUGUAUGUGUACCUGUGAUAUAGAGUAGUCUUUUUUAGCCAUAACUAUCAAUGCUGAUAAGUUGCACUUAUCAAUGUGAAAAAAAGUCUCUAUAAAUAUAUGUAUGUAGAUAUCCAAGUGUCAUGUACUUCUAUUGAACCGAUUGACUAGUGUAAAAAGAAGUCUCAAAAAAAAUAUUUAUGUAGAUAUCCAACUCUCAUAGUAUUUCUAUUAAAUCAAUUGAAAGUGUAAAAAUGUAUCUAGAU